AGGCAAUAAUCGUGAAGUUCUGUACGGUAACAUCAUGAGGGAGGCUCGACGGUUGGAAGUCGAGGAUGUGCUUUCGAAGUCGCAUCCUUCCAGCAAAAAGCCGAGGCUUACACAACACACUAAGAAGGCUUACAGGGAUCUGAUCAGCAUGUUGUCGCCGAGCAAGAAGUUGAAACUACUGAUUUAUAUUGACGAGGCCCAUACUCUGAUUCCAAAGAGCGUUAGGGCACAAAAUAACUAUGCUUCGUUAUGUUCAGUCAUGGCCCAUCUCAAUAGUGCCGACCAUUUCGUCAUGUUCAAUGUCGACAAGUGGGGCACUGAGCUUGCUCACGUCCAACAAUGUAUCAGUGCCGGCGGUCAAUAUCACUACCUCGUUGCCCGCGCCCUUCACCGUUCUCCCUUUUGACGUCUGUGCAAAUGUACAAUGCGACGAUCCCGAGCUGACGUUUGAACGCAUACGGAGCAUCCAACAUCUUGCUCGCUUUGGGCGGCCGAUGUGGCAUACGAUGCUCGCUGCCGGUGCCCUGGAACAGUGGAUCAUAUUCUUGGCCCGGACCAAGUUGACACAUCAGGAUUGUACAGAAAUACCGAAAUUUGGGAUUCACAUGGGUGAGCCUGCGACUGUAACAUCUGGUAGCAGACUGAAGGGAAAGUUGGAUGUGUUCAAGAUGGCUCUGGUCGAGAUCAGGGUUAUGAUUGAAUAUGAACCCCGCCGAGAGGAGUCUCGCUGGCUGCAAGAGGAGAUGGUGAGAGCACACAUGUGGGUGAUGUUCUCUGCUCCAGCCCACGGGGAGUAUACAACGUCCGAAUAUCUUUCGGAGGCAAUCCUGGCGGAAGCAGCUGUCAUUUCCGUUUAUGAGGAACGAGUCGACAUGGUAGAGGUCGUUCAUCGCCUUCUGAAGACGAUCUCCUCAAUGACAGUGAACGGGCCAACUUGUCGCGAGGCUUAUUCUUACGAAGGUUUGGGAUGCGGCAAUACAUCGACUGCUACUGGACAAGAAACAUCCUAUGAUGCCGGACUCGCACUGUCAUAAUCAGGCCGUUUAUUUAAGACCUAUCCUCCUGAUGGACUUUUUGACUGCCCUGCUCCCGGAAAAGUAUCUGUCCAAGCUUUUUCAGAACACGCCUGAUAAUCGCAUUGGAGAGGCGGCUUUUGCUGAGGCGUUCGAACACGCAUACGUGCACUUCACCCACUUUGGACGUGCUGCAUCUUCUAGAACUAUUAAAUCUGGCUCUGGAUUCACGGCGUUCAUCCGUGGCAUGGCUUAUCAGUGCUCGCUUGGACAUUCCCUCGUCAAUAUCUUUGUUCCUCUUCUCCUCGUUCCCAAAGAGCAGGUCGUACGUCCAGAU